CGAUUUAAAAAAUUGUUUAUGUUUACAUCUAGUGCUCAUGACCAGCUGAUUGGGGGCGGCAAGAGACAUGUGACAGUCAUUAGUAAAGGAGAUAGUGAAGAAUGGAAUUUGAAAGCCCAGAUGUUGAAAAAGAUUUUCCAGGACUUUACGCAUCUGAAUCAGGAAAGAAGAGUAAUGAAAGUGACUUCAGCGAUGAAGCACACGAGCGCCCUUCAAAAAAAGACUUACUGAUUGGUAAAAGGAAAGAUAAGAAAGACUCAAAAAAAGACAGAGGAUAUGCAGCACUGGAAGGAGAAAGUUCACCUGAAGAGGAUCCUGAGAUAAAAAGCCCAUCCAAGUCUAAGAAGUCUAAAUCAUUUAAAUUUCCUAGCAAGAAAGAGAAACGGGAAAAAUCAAGAGAAAAGGAAGUCAAAGAAAAGGAAAGAGACUCUGAAAAAGAAAAAAAGAAGGAAAAGGAAACAAAAAUGAAACUGAAAUUAAGGGAACGCAAAAAAUCAAAACAUUUGGAAGAUGGUUCAAUCUUUGGUGACGAGCAACCUGUCUUUGGUGUCCCACUACACGUGGCUACAGAAAGAAGUCAUUGUCAUGAUGGAGCAUAUAUUCCAUUGGUGAUCCGAGAAUGUAUUGAUUACGUACAAGAAAAUGGUCUUACCAUGGACUCUAUAUACAAGCUCUCUGGAAUUAAGUCCAAAGUACAGUAUCUUAGGAGAUUAUAUAAUCAAGGAGAAUGUGUCCAACUGUCUGACUAUGAGCCUCCAGUUGUUACAAGCCUUCUCAAACAAUUUUUCAGGGAACUACCAGAACCUAUUUUGACAAAUGAUCUUCUGUCUCGAUUUGAAGAGGCUGCUGCAGAGAAGGAAGUUACAAUUCGUGAAGCUGAACUGCAAGGACUCAUUAGCCAGCUCCCAAAAUGUAAUUUGCAUCUUUUGGGUUGGAUGAUGGUACAUCUUGAUAAUGUAACAAUACAUGAAAAGUACAAUAAAAUGAAUGCUCAAAACAUAGCAAUAACUUUGAGCCCAGUUUUGCAAAUGAGCCACCGACUGCUUACAACAUUGCUGUGUCACUGCCGAACCCUCUUCCCCGAUAUCAGUAUUGUCAAAUACGUGCCGCCGCUGAGUGCCGGGAGCCCAAGCCUUCCAGACACAGUGCCUGCAAUAUCAGUUGAACUUGCAAAGCAGGAGUCAUUACUUAACCACAUUCAUCAACAAAUGAAUGCUGGUUAUGUAUCAAAGAGAAAUGAGGAACAACUCUGGGAGGUGCAAAGGCUAAUCACACAACUCAAGAGAAAACUGAGGACUGUUCAAAGAUCACAGGAAAUGAAUCACGGCCAGAAGAGCUUGGAGGAGAAACCGCCAGAGGAUGAAUUCCAUAUUGACUUAUCACUACAGAAGUUCCAUUCAUGUUCAGAAGAUGAUACAGUUGUUGGCACAACUGCAGUUGUAAAACAAGAAACAGAAACACGCACAGUGAAAACUUCACCAUCAGCAUCUGUGACUAUUGAUGACAUUGAUGGCCGGCAGGAUCAAAAUGUAACACAGAAUCAAGAUCAUACAGCAAAUGUUUCAAAAUCACAAGCAGCUGCUGAAGAUGUAGACACUGAUAAUGAUGUCAAGGAAUCAAAAGGAGCAGAUAAUGGGAAGAAUGCAGAGAAAAGGCCUCAUAACCAAACAGAACAUCAUUCCCCAGAAGUGGAGGACUCCAGUGAAUCUCAGCAUGAAGAAACAUUAUUGCGUUUGGAAUACCGUGAACUGUUAAAUCUCCAGGCUGACCUCCAGGGCCGCGUAGCAGGAGAGAAGGCAGAAGUGAAGCGCCUCCAGGCUGAGAUUGCCGCAAUUAAAUCUAAAUGUGGCUACAGGAGCCUAGAAAUAACUAGUUCAGAUGGAAGCAGUUCUGCCUCUGAUACGGAUGGUAGUGAUGCAGAAGAUUUGGAAAUAGAGUCUCGCAUUACUGACUUGCAGCGAGAGAAUUUAUUACUGCAGCAAAAGAAGGCCAGCCUCAUAAAAUGCAUCAUGGAUGAGAGAAAGGCAUGUGUCAACCUCAGAGUUCAGCUCAGCCUUCUGCAACUCUCACAAGAGUCAAAACAAAUAUGAAUUAGUGACACGCAAAACAAAGAACUUAUUGUUGAAAGAGGUGAUACUGAUAAUGAAGAAGUUAAUUACUCCAACUAUCCAAUACAAAGUUUUAUUACAAUGAGCAGACUGGUGAAAGUUUUUAGUUCACUCAAAGUAACAGUAUCAAUCUGCUUAACUGUAUCUGAUAUUAUAUGUAGUACAAAGUGUGUAAUAAAAUAAGUAUGCUACUA